CUCAACAGCAGGCACCGCGUCAUCUGGCAAGACAGUGGGGCUCUGACUCAAUUGGCACGACAGCGGGCACCGGGGUCAUCAGGUACUGGAUUGUCUGGCUCGACAGCAGGCAUCGGGUCACCAGGUAUGACAGCGGGUACUGGGUCACCAGGCAUCAGGUCAUUUGGCUUGCCAGCGGGCACCGCGUCAUCUGGCAAGGCAUUGGGCACCGGGUCACCAGGCAUUGGAUCGUCUGGCUCGACAGCGGGCAUCGGGUCACCAGGCAUCAGGUCAUUUGGCUCGCCAGCGGGCACCGCGUCAUCUGGCAAGGCAGUGGGCACCGAGUCACCAGGUACGACAGCGGGCUCUGAGUCAAUUGGCACGACAGCGGGCACCGGAUCAGGUACCGGAUCAUUGGAUCAACAGCGGGCAUCGAGUCAACUG